AUGGGUAACAAAAAUUAUCGCGGCAGCGCUGCACAAGUUCGACCAUCCUCGAAGUUCCUCGCAGAGACACCCAAGGCUAGACCAUUCAUCGAGCUGAGUGCUCUAACCCAACAUCCUGCCAUCACCAUCAUCGACAACAAGCAUAUCUCAAUUUACAUCGAGAUGUGCCCUUCUGUAGCCGAACACCCUAUUACGGAUAUGCCAGCCCUUCUCGCUGCUCUGCCCGAGUACAAAUACAUCAAGAAGUUAUCGGUCAAGAUCCAUGCGCCAUGGCCGAAGACUGAAUGCCGCAAGUUUUACAACAAUCGCGUCAGCUUGAUCAAGAAGCUUUUCGCGAUCAUCAAUGCUUUCAAGUUGUGUAGGUUGAAGGUUAUUAUGUCGAUUGAUGGGCUAAACUUUCCCCAGAUGAAGCUCGGUGCGGCCGUUCAUGAGCUCAAGUUCAAGAAGUGGCAGCUUUUCUACCAAGUAUAUGACGAGGCUAAAGAACUCGAGGGGGACGCAAUCAAGAUUUACCAAGACGGUAAAUACCUGGAAUAG